CGGGAUUUAUUUGCUGUCAAAUAUUUUGAAUUAGAGAUAACCCUAGUUUUUAGCAUUUCAUACAGAUGAAAUCUUUUGGCAAAACACUGCUCAAUUAAAUCAUUUGAAAUGAAACAAAGAUCUAUAACGUCGUUUUUCACUUCAGCUGGAAGAAAAUCUGAUGGGUACGUAAUUCAAUAUUUGUUAUAAAAUGAAAUAAACAUUUGUAAUACACUGGAAGAAGUAUGUCUAUAAUUUUUCGUUCUUUGAGAAUAUCUUCAUCAUUGAACCGAAUCAUAAAUAUUAAAGAAUUGAAUUGUUUUUUCUCUAAAAUCAGAAGCAGUCAGUUAGCUGGAUCUGUCGAUUCUGGGAAAUCAAGUAAACGUUCGAGAGAUUCUAUAGAAUUAACACCUACUAAGAAACCUAUAGAAAAAGAUAAUGAAACAACAAUAAAUGCUAAAAAAAUCAAAUUAGACCCUUCUAAAAAUAAGUCCCAUUGUAAUAAGGCAACAAAUGAUAGCAAAAUUUCAUCAGACGAAGAUUCACCAAUAAAAAGGAAUACUAAAAAGAAGAAUGCAUUUGAUAGUGAAUCUGAAUCUGACAGCAAUGAUACCACCAAAUCUCCUAUAAAAAAUGGAGAGAAGAGUUUGUCUUCCUCUAAAGAAGGAACAAGUAAAAAUUCACCUGAAUCGAAAGUUAUAAAUGAAAAAACUCCUAAAUCAGAUGAAAAAAAUUUGGAGAAAAAACCAGAAAACAAGAGAAAAGAGAGCGUAAUUGAGAAAACUGCAUCUCCAAAAUCUAAAAAUUCCAAGUAUGCCUGUACUGAUGAAGAGGAUGCCAAACUUCCUGAUACAUUCAAUCCUGCCAAAGGGAAGUAUAAUCCUAUUAAAGAUGCAAUAUGGAAAAGGGAACAGAAAAUACCAUACUUGGCCCUAGCAAAAACUCUUAUGGAAAUAGAAGAAAUCUCUAGUAGAUUGAAGAUAGUUGAAAUUUUAAGUAAUUAUUUUCGAUCUUGCAUUGUACUUACACCUGAAGAUUUGUUGCCUUCUGUAUAUUUGUGCCUUAAUAAGUUGGGUCCAGCGUAUGAAGGUCUAGAAUUAGGAGUUGCAGAAACAAGUUUAAUGAAAGCAAUUGCUCAAUCUACUGGACGUACUCUUAGCCAAAUCAAAGCAGAUGUUAAGGAAACUGGUGAUCUUGGUACAGUAGCGGAGCAUUCAAGGACAAAUCAAAAAACACUAUUUCAACCUCCACCUCUUUCUGUUAGAGGGGUUUUCAAGAGUUUGAAACAAAUCUCACAAAUGACUGGACAUGCAUCACAAGCAACCAAAAUAGACGAAAUUAAAAAAAUGUUUGUGGCUUGUAAAGAAAUGGAAGCAAGAUAUUUGAUCAGGUCACUAGCAGGAAAAUUAAGGAUAGGUUUAGCAGAAUUAUCAGUUUUACAAGCAUUGGCAUUAUCAUGUGCUAUGACUCCACCUAAUCAAGAAUUUCCCCCAACACGACUUGAUGUUUCUAAAGAGAUGAGUGCUGAAGAUUUCAAAACGUACUACGAUAAAUUGGCAUUCACUUUGAAGAACACCUACUGUGAGUGUCCAAAUUAUGACCUUAUUAUACCAGUUUUACUCAAGGAAGGUAUUGAAAAAUUACCAGAACAUUGUAAGCUUACUCCAGGAAUACCUCUGAAACCUAUGUUGGCACAUCCUACUAAAGGUGUUCAAGAAGUUCUCAAUAGAUUUGAAGGUCUCAAAUUUACGUGCGAAUGGAAAUAUGAUGGAGAAAGAGCUCAAAUACAUAUGGAUGGUAAAACAGUUCACAUUUACAGUAGAAAUCAAGAAAACAAUACAUCAAAAUAUCCUGAUAUUAUUUCUCGUCUAGAUUUAUGUAAAAGUGAUAACGUAAAGUCCUGUAUUUUGGAUUGCGAAGCAGUUGCUUGGGAUUCUGAAAAUAAAGCAAUUCUGCCUUUCCAAGUUUUGAGUACCAGAAAGAAAAAAGGUGUAAAAGAAGAGGAUAUUAAAGUACAAGUUUGUGUAUUUAUGUUUGAUCUACUUUAUUUUAAUGGUGAAUCACUAAUCAAAAAACCCUUCAUUGAAAGAAGAACCAUACUGAAAGAUAAUUUCAAAGAAUCUGAGGGACAUUGGUAUUUUGCUACAUAUUUAGACACAUCUAAAAUGGAAGAAGUACAAGAAUUCUUAGAAGAAAGUGUUAAAGGUAAUUGUGAAGGUCUUAUGGUGAAAACUUUGGAAAAAGAUGCUACCUAUGAAAUUGCUAAGAGAUCACAUAACUGGUUGAAAUUGAAAAAGGAUUACCUGGAAGGAGUUGGUGAUACACUUGACGUUGUAGUCAUUGGGGGUUACUUGGGAAAAGGAAAGAGGACUGGGACUUAUGGUGGCUUCCUGUUAGCAUGUUACGAUCAAGAUAAUGAAGAAUACCAAAGUAUUUGCAAGAUUGGAACAGGUUUUACAGAUGAAAACUUACAGAAGCAUACUGAAUUUUUCAAGGAACAUGUUGUAGAAAAUCCAAAACCAUAUUAUCGCUUUGAAGAAUCUCUCGCACCAGAUCAUUGGUUUGAACCUGUCCAAGUUUGGGAGAUAAAAUGUGCAGAUCUUUCAUUAUCCCCUAUCCAUAGAGCUGGAAUAGGCAUAGUGGAUCCUCAAAAAGGUAUCUCAUUGAGAUUCCCCCGUUUUAUUAGAAUAAGAGAAGAUAAAACUGUUGAAGAAGCUACUUCUGCACAGCAAGUAGCUGAAAUGUAUUCAAGUCAAGAUCAGAUAAAAAAUCAGCAAACAUUGAAAGUUUCAGAAGAAGAUUUCUAUUGAUAGCUUUAGAGUUGUGUAAUGAUCACAAUAAAUUUAGUUUUUCUCAAA